UGUCUGAUAUUUUGUUGUAGUCUGUACCAGCGGCUGGAGCAGGACGAUCAGAGGGGGAGAGCAGUGCAGCAGCAGCGGCAGAGCAGCGGCGGCGGCGGCGGGCGGGAGGCUGGUGUAGGAUGUUGCGUCUGAGCUGCCGAUUAGACUGAUCAGAGCCAGAGCUACGAUGCAGUGACAGUCUACAGGAAGACACACGCGCGCAUACACACACACACACACACACACACACACACACAAACACUGAGCGAGGGAGUGGAGGGUAGGGAGAGCAGCACACGAAUGCGCACGAGAAAUGAUCCGCUCCUAGACUAUGGCACCGUCGGGCUCGCGUAGUAUCAAGCGGGGCUGUCAGAGAGUUUUGUACUGGAUUCCGGUCCUCUUCAUCGCCCUCAUAGUGGCUUGGUCAUACUACGCCUAUGUUUUGCAGCUUUGCAUAGAGUCCAUCAAAGAUACAGGACAGAAGGUCGUGUACUUGCUGGUGUACCAUGCCGUUUUCAUCAUGUUUGUGUGGGCAUACUGGCAAACCAUCUUCACCAAGCCCAUGAACCCCCUGAAGGAGUUUCACCUGUCCUACUCUGACAAGGAGCUGCUGGAGCGUGAAGAUCGGGGAGAGUCUCAGCAGGAGAUCCUAAGGAGGAUAGCCAAGGAUCUGCCCAUCUACACCCGCACCAACUCUGGAGCAAUCCGUUUCUGUGACCGCUGCCAGCUGCUGAAGCCUGAUCGAUGUCACCAUUGUUCAGUCUGUGAUAAAUGCAUCCUGAAGAUGGAUCACCACUGCCCCUGGGUGAACAACUGUGUGGGAUUCUCCAACUACAAGUUUUUCAUGCUGUUCUUGGCAUAUUCGCUACUCUACUGCCUUUUUAUAACUGCUACAGAUCUUCAGUACUUCAUUAAAUUUUGGACGAACGGCCUCCCAGACACUCAGGCGAAGUUCCACAUCCUGUUCCUCUUCUUCUCGGCCUCCAUGUUCUCAGUCAGCCUCGCCUCUCUCUUCACCUAUCACUGCUGGCUCGUCUGCAAGAACAGAUCCACUCUCGAGGCUGUACGUGCACCGGUGUUUCGUCACGGCACAGAUAAGAACGGUUUCAGUCUGGGCUUCAGUAAGAACUUCCGCCAGGUCUUUGGUGAUGAGGUGAAAUACUGGCCUAUUCCUGUUUUCUCCAGUUUAGGUGACGGGUGCUCGUUCCCGACCUGUCUGGUGAAUCUUGACCCUGAGCAGCCGUCCUCACCCACUGGCUCCAACCCUGCAAACAAGGGUGCAGCAGAGGGCCGCCAGUUCCCCUCUAAGCCGCUGAGAGAGAGUCAGAGUCGACUGCUCACCAGUACCCCUUCCUGGACAGAAAGUGACAGUGCAACAGACAAAGACAAGAAAGGUGCCAGCAACCCAGGGAUGACCAUAGAAAAUGAGGCAUAACCAGAGUUAAUGUCGACACCUUUUAUCCAGAAAAGUCUCUGCUGCCCCCACCUCAGUGUUCAUGCCUAUCAGAACGUGACGUGCUGGUGACAUCAUCAAUAUUUGUUGUUUUCCAUAUUUGACCCCCUCCUCUGAGAGGUUUACAUGACUGACAUCACACACAAACCAGAGAAAAACAAGUGAUUAUCAGAGUCACUGUUACUUUUAUCAGCAACACUCGCUGCUGCUAUCUGAAAGUAUUUGGGCUUCAGAAACAAGUGGAUUGAAAUGAAAAUGGCAUUCCAACAGUCACAUUUCUUCUGUUUCUAUAUGAAUAAGCACAGAGCAGCAGUGGAGGAGGAGAUGUUUUGCACCUUGUAUACUGGUAAAUCAAUCUGAGUUGCUUUUGUAUCUUACAGUUCAUGACUCUCAGAAUUAGCUCCAAGAGGUUUGUUUGUUUUCUGUUAUUUUCAUAGCUUAGCACAUUAGUAAGUACUGUUAUAAGUUUGCCAAACAUUUGCACAUUGAGUAUAAAUUAGUAGUGGUGUUAAUGUGAUGUAAAUGACAUUCCUUUAGUCUUUAUUUUACUUUUUAGGUGAAGCUUUUUUGUGUGUGUAUGUGGGGGGGGGGCAGGUUUUCUACCCGCCUUGUUGAGUGUAUUGGUGUUGUGGAAGUUCAAAUGAUGCAUGCUCUCAUCUCAGGAUGUCAACACAAACACACCUUGUUGUAGUGAACUGUACCACAAGAUGUUCUCCCCUUUUGCUUGAAAACAAAACGAAAAAAAAAGUGUAGUCAUUAGUAAUUAUGUUUUUUUGAAUAAGGGCUCUUCUGACUUGUAUAGCAUGAGUGAGGAUGUUGCUGUCACAUUGAAAACACCUGGAAGCUGUACAGCGUGCAUCCCCCCUCCCCCUGCCAAAUAUCUACACACUGCUUUCUGGUAGCCUACAGUACACGUCAAACUGCCGGCCAAAAAGCUUCCUGACUGUUUGUCUCCAGAGGGCCCGGCAGCCACUGGCCGCCAGCAAAAACAAGCCUCUGUGUGAUGCUGCUGCAGAUCUGUUCAAUGUCAGAAAGCAGAUACUGUUGAGCUGUUGAGUGUUUUUCUAACUCACAACAUGAUGUUGUGGAUGUACUGCAGAGCAAAGAAAAAAAAGGAAAAAGAAUAUCUACUCCAGCCGCCUUGUACAGUCUAUUUUCACCUUCUGAGGAGUCUGUCUGUUCUUGUCUGGGGCUGGAAAUGAUUAAAAAGAUAACUGAAAAUUAGUUUAAAGAAUGUAUGCUUGUUUAAAAAAAAAAAAAAAAAGCUUCAUGGUGACAAGUCAGUGUCAAUUUAUAUUUUUCUAUUGUUGUCUGUAUGACUCAAGAGACAAUAUGGAUGUGUGAGGCAAUGUACUGUACAGUUGUGAUGCCUUAGAAGAAAUAAAAUGGGCUCAUCCUC